UAUGGCGGUCGAUGGGAAGGAAGAGGAGAAAAUUUCUCCGAUUUUCAACCUGAUAUGUCGACCCCUUGAACUUUGUACGUGUUUCAAAAUGCUUUGAGUUAACGUUCAAAGCAAAUAACUUGCUUUGUAAAUACAAAUUCGAAUGGGUUCUCAAACGCUGGAGAUUUUGCGUCAGGGUGUUUGGGCCUCGCUGACGGGAGGUUGGUUCUUCGACCCACACCAAGAAAUCUUUACCAAUACCUUUCAUUUUUACUUAUGGAUUAUUCUGCUGUGUCUGCCGUUUUCUCUUUACCUUGGUGCUCCGCCUUCUGAUCUAGUCUGGGUCUUGUAUGCAGCAUUUGUUGGAGUUCUAUUCGCCAUCAUUAAAUUCUUAAACUACCGUCUUCAUUUGAUGUUUGACGGCGAGGAAUUUCACUCCGAGGAAGAUCAGCGAGAGGACAGUGGCUCCACAAGAGAAAUCCCAACAGGAGAUAGCGUCGUGAGAGAGCACUCCGUUAGCGUGAGACGUGAUGAUAGUUCCGUUGUGUCUCCCCAUGGGGAGGGGGCCGGGGAAGUCAUUGAAAUGGAGGUGAUUAACAGAUGUGGCUCAUCCGCUGAUUGUAAUGGUAGCCAUGAGCAACAACCCCUGCCCCCCUCAAUGCCUUCUUCUCUUCUUAACCAAUCGCAGACAAUGGAGAAUAACCCUGAUCAGGAUAGUGGUGAUCAAGCUAGCAAGACAGAAGAAGAAACAGGCGCAAGAAGAAAAAAAGUAGGGGCAAAGGAGAUAACGUUUGCACUGGAAAUACCAACAAGUGAUGAUUCAGAUGACAGUGGGAGGCAAAGUCCUAGUGGAAAGUUAAAUCCAGGAAGUUCUCAACAAGACCAAGAAACUGAAAAAGAGAUGCCAAAUACACACAAAGAGAAUCAUUUUGAAAGCAUGACAAGUUUCAAAAGUGACCAAUCACAUGACGAUGCUCCAAGCUCAACAAACGAUGUCCAAAACCCAAAUAACAAGGAAGAAUGUACAAUAGACACUUUAAGCAGCCUUUCUGCCUUUCCACUUCCUAUAAUGGAAAGCCCUUUAUUUGAAGCUCAAUCUGCUCCAGGUCUCGCAACAUCUGACAUUUGGAAACCUAAUGUGUCUUCACCAAAAAGYGAUGGUUCAUCACUYAGUUUAUCAAGCAUUCCUCCCACCACAUURAAGCAAGUUACAGCAGCUUUAGAAAACUUUGAUCUUGCUGGCAUGCUGAAGAACCAAGAGGCUAGUGCAGAGGAAGAAAGUCAAGAUAAUCUCUCCUCAGAAGUUGUUGAUUUGUUYAAAGAUUCCUCCCCAAAGGAAACUUCCCUACUCAGGGAAGACUCGCAAGAGGAAAGCAUUUGUCACAGACCACGUUCAAUAUCAGACAUAGUGCAAGAGACUAGAAAYAGUGAAGCAAGUUGUUCAGCAGCUGCCGGACAUGACAGUCCUUUAGGAAUGGAUGGUUCUUUGUCUCUGCAGGGAAGUUUCAGCUUACGAAAUCCUUCAGCAAGCUCACAUCCUGAGUCAAUAGACAGCACAGGUAUCAACAUUACAGUCAACAAAGACACGGCUUCUACAGCCACACAGACUGGAAGUUUAGGGGAAGUCGAGGGGUCAGGUCGUGAGGGCUCUGACUUAAUCCUUGCCAGACGUUCAUCUCAGCUAGCAAGAAGAAGGAGAAACAUUCAACGCACUUCAGCUAGACGAAGGAGGAGGACGGGCGAUUCUGCAAGUGCAGCCGGACCGUUCACAGGUGUAUUGUUACAUGCUAUGGAUACAGCACCACCCCAAGCUCACGUAGCAUCGUCUUACAAUGAUACUACCCCAGGGGCACUGCAUUGUUAUCAAGAUGAAUUUGGUCAGUGGCAAACUUACAUGUUUGAAGGAGAUGCAUCUAUAACUGGAUCCAAUCCUCCUCCAUCGCGCUCUUCUAGCAGAAUUAGGGAUCUGGUUACUAACUGGGAAACAAGUAGUUCCUCAUCUACAUUUGUAGUUGAGCAUUCAUUAGAGGGAUAUGAAGAUAUCCCUCAAACUGAUCUGCAGAGAACUGCUUCUCAGCGACGAUGGGCGGAUACUGUUUCGUCUGCUAACAGUCUCCCAAUAGGACAACCUUUCACAACUGUCACUCAAGUGGAGAAGUUUGUCGUUCCUCAUUAUUUCAAGUUCCAACUUUUUCCUAAUAAAUUUAUAAAGAUUAAGUUUGACAGGCUUUCAUUGUUGGCAUUGAUGGAUAGGAAUAAAUAUGUUUUUGAAGCCUUGGCAUCUGUUAUCUUAGCUGUUUUGGUUGCUGUUCUUGGAUACUGGCUUUUAGUCAAGAAUUUUUUUAAUGAUUUUUGGAUUUUUCUGUUUUGCUUCAUCAUUGCUAGUUGUCAGUUUUCUCUUCUUAAGAGUGUUCAGCCAGAUGCUGCAUCUCCAACACAUGGCCAUAACCACAUAGUAGUGUUUAGCCGACCUGUGUAUUUCUGUUCAUUGGCGGCCAUUAUAUURAUACUGGACAAGAUUGUACAGCAGCCCGAUAUACAGUGUAUAGCAUUGUAUACCUUACCACUAUGCACUGCUGGUAUUCUUACAUACACUAGGAAUUUUCUCAUUGGCUUUAUCUUAGGAUUUCCAUUGAUAUUUCUAAUUGGUUUACUACCUCAAGURAAUACUUUUACAAUGUAUGUCCUAGAACAACUAGACAUGCAUGUCUUUGGUGGAAACGCAAUGACAAGCCUCAAAGGAUCUGUUGUUAGYGUCCUUAGAAGUAUUCUUGCUACUGGUGUUUUGUAUGGGUUUUGUUAUGGAGCUAUGUCUAACGAGACUAUGGGAUCUCAGCAUGUCUUGUUUUCCAUCUUUUCCGGCCUUCUUGUAGCAGUAUCSUAUCAUCUGAGUAGAACYGCAACGGAYCCCACAGUUUUAGCAUCUUUGUUUCGCUCAUCAUGUCUUGAUAAGCAUUCCUUCAGACCAGAAGUAGACUUUGUGGAUCCACUUCCAGGAAAACUCAAACAGACAUUGUCAAAGAGACUUCAAAACGAUAUGAUAUGCUGUAUAAUCAUCUUAAUCUUCGUGUUUGCUAUUCAUGUCAGUACUGUUUUCACAACGCUACAGCCUUACGUUAGCUAUGCCUUGUAYGGUCUUGCGGGUACRCUUGGUGUCUUCAAUCACUAUCUWUGGCCKCAGUUACGGAAACCUCUUCCAUGGCUUUGCUUUGCUGUCCCGUUCUUUAAGAGUAGAGAAUUUAAUCAGUUUGAAGUUCGAGAUGCCGCGAAGAUCAUGCGUUUUGAAAAGGCACAUGUUUGGCUGAACUUCAUCGAAAGAAACUUCGUCUACCCUGCCGUAUUUCUUAGUGCUUUGACGAGAUAUGCAAAACCGCUGGUCGAAAAGUUUGGAAUCAUUGUUGGCCCUGUCAUUAUAUGUGUAGUUGGUCUCAAGUUACUGCGCAGUGCGUUCUCGGACUCGUCUCGUCAACACUUGAUUCUAGUCUUCACCUUGUUGUUCUUCAGCUUUGACUUUGCUUACAUGUCUGAAACCCUACUCAUUGACUAUUUCUUUAUGUCAAUAUUCAUGACUAAGCUCUACGAGUUGAUUCUAAAGAUUCGCUUCAUUGUGACGUAUAUAGCGCCGUGGCAGAUCACGUGGGGGUCAGCUUUUCACGCUUUUGCUCAGCCAUUCAGCGUGCCUCAUUCAGCAAUGUUAUUCUUUCAAGCCAUUGUGUCGUCAAUUCUAUCAGCUCCUCUCAACCCUGUUUUAGGAAGUGCAAUUUUUAUAACGUCUUACGUUAGACCUGUAAAGUUUUGGGAGAAAGAUUACAAUACCAAUAGAGUAGACCAUUCUAAUACAAGAUUGUCAUCUCAAUUGGACCGCAAUCCAGAGUCUCAACAGGAGACUGUUUUGUACUGGCGUCAGAUUACCUUAAUGCUUUAGUCCAUAUAAUAGAGGUUGGCAAUGGGCUUGUYACGUUUCAGCUUAGGGGACUGGAAUUUAGAGGUACCUAUUGUCAACAACGUGAAGUAGAGGCUAUCACUGAAGGAGUUGAGGAUGAUAACGGUUGUUGUUGCUGUGARCCAGGCCAUUUGCCCAAUAUGCUGUCCUUGAAUGCAGCGUUUGGUCAGCGGUGGUUGGCAUGGCAAGUAGCGUCAACCAAGUACAUCAUUGAAGGGUACAGCAUCAGUGAUAAUAGUGCUGCGUCAAUGUUACAAGUCUUUGAUUUGAGAAAGAUAUUAGUAACUUAUUAUGUCAAGUCUGUGAUAUUCUACGCCAUGCGAUCAGAAAAGCUUGARCARUGGAUYGGAAAUGAUGUCUURAGCGAGGCACUGACGCCAAUGCAUGAGGCUUCCCACGUCGACUUAGAUUCGUGUUUUUAUAGCAAUAUCGACGAGGACUAUGAUCUCAGACAGGGUGGUAUCUCACGGACUAGUUUCCUGUUGUGUUAUUAUGAAUGGAUACAGUAUUGUGGCUCAAGACGGCAGACGCCUAUCGAAGCUGAUCGAAGUUCGAUGGUAGUUACCUUAUGCUUUGCUUUGUGUCUCCUGGCACGAAGAGCCCUGGGCACCGCGUCACAACAUCAGUCAGCCAGUCUUGAAUCGUUUCUAUAUGGCCUUCAUGCUCUGUUCAAGGGGGAUUUUCGCAUUACGUCACAGAAAGACGAAUGGGUCUUUGCUGACGUAGAUUUUCUUAGAAAAGUUGUGGCACCCGGAGUGCGCAUGUCUCUUAAACUUCACCAGGAUCAUUUUUCAUCCAUGGACGAGUACGACGACCAUGCUACGAUGUACGAAGCAAUUACAAGCCACGAACAAAAUAUGGUUAUAUCGCACGAAGGUGAUCCGGCAUGGAGACAAGCUGUGCUGGCUAACACACCAUCUUUGCUAGCGCUUAGACACGUAUUUGAUGAUGGAGCUGACGAAUACAAGAUUAUYAUGCUGAAUAAGCGAUAUUUGAGCUUUAGAGUUAUAAAGGUCAACCGUGAAUGCGUAAGGGGUCUCUGGGCAGGGCAACUACAAGAACUCAUAUUCUUACGCAAUCGAAAUCCAGAACGAGGUUCCAUCCAGAAUGCUAAACAAGCUUUACGAAAUAUUAUCAAUUCAUCGUGUGAUCAGCCAAUAGGCUAUCCGAUCUAUGUAUCUCCGCUGACCACCUCUUACGCAGACACAAACAGUCAUCUUUCUAGCAUUAUCGGUGGGCCWAUGAGCUUCAAUGGCAUCACAGGGUUUAUWCGCCGUGUAGGSGAUCACUUACGUGCAAGAUGUGGUGCUUCGUGUCACAGUGGUGGAGAACCGUCGGACGACACAGUUCCAGAAGUAUCCACCAAUUCUGCUGUCUUUUCAGAACGUUACAGUUUUCGGGAGCCGUCGCGAUCGGCUGCUUUUCGGAGCAGCAGCGGAAGGCUACCAAGAACGAACUUUGCUUCAGCCCCUGUGGGAUUUAGGACCAGUGUGCGCUCAGCGGGCCCCCCACAGAUUGCGGUUCAAAAGAGACUUAGUUCGGGUAUGAGUCUAUCUCAGCCACAGCCCAUAAGCCCUAAUUCACCCUCAGAGGAUCUACGUCAAAUGGUACGAAUCGUAGAUCCCCUGCAAGUAUACGAUACUAUAAACCUUGGACGUAGAAUAGAUGUCCAAUGGCCCUCUGAAUACAUGCGCGAACGUGGAGGAAAGAAUAGCUGGAAAGACUGGAARCCAACGGAAGGGCUUGAAGGACCUGUUGUCCAUCGAUGGCAGCCAUGCCACCGAGAUAUMACUCAACGCAGUCACGUGGAUAGGACUAUUUUACUUGUCARGAUUGAAGACAGAUUCGUACCGAUUGCUGAAUCAGGUGUCACAGAAAUCGGAUAUGAAGUUUGAAUCGCAUGGAAAAGCCUGGAACGAGUAUAGAAUCGAGUCUAAUGCUCCCAAUAGACAAGGUGCAGCAACGCCAUUUUGUGCAGCAAAGCAUGAUGGUAGUUGUAGGCCUCACACUUAUUAUAGACCCUAAAAUAUCUCCUUUAAAGACUUUCUUACGCUUUGAUUGCGGAAAAGGCAAAACAACAUCUAUUUUGACUUAGAAAAGGCAAAAACAUUUCAGAAGCACUGUUAUAGCGGACUUGAAAAACUACGAGGACAACAACUACCAUCAUAUUUUGCUACACAAAGUCGCUGCACAUUGGCCGUCUCCAUUCUCGACUCGUCGAAAUUCGUCGUGGAGAGAAUAUAAUUUCUCCAGUUAUAAGUUUGUCUGGCUUCAUCUGCGCGCGGACGAUAAUGAUCAAGGCUCAUUUCCACGUGAUGAUUCUUAAUUGUAAUAUAAUAGAUGAAUCAUUCUUUCGAUUUAUUUUGUAAUAUUGGAAGUUCAUUACAUGCAAUUCAUCGUCGGUAAAAGUUCGCCUGGGAUUCCAUGUGGUAACCUGAAUUCCUCUCCGACAUCAUUCUCGUACCCAGGAACUCCCCAUGCUCUAUCGAAGGAUGCAACUUAGUGCGGCAAAGCGCAGAUGAAAAUCGUGCGGUUUCCGGGAAGGUCUGGGAACUUAAACACAGGAAGCCCAUAGCUAGAAACGUACUAAGUCAGUUGCCAACUGUAAACAAUUUAGAAAAUUUUUACCGCAUCAUUUGUCGUGAGUUACCCUAAAGGGAAGGCUGUAUAUACUGCCUAGAAUAUUGUGAAUAAAAACAUAGUUACUGUAACAUAUUAUUUAGGAAUUGAAUAAAAUUGCACUUUCCGUAAA